AUGGCGUUGCAUCGGUUACAGCGUUGGGCUAUUGUACUUCAAGUGUAUGAAUACAUAAUACGGUUCAAAAGUUCAUCUCAGAAUGCCAACGCCGAUGCUCUUUCCAGAUUGUCGUCUGGGGAUGACAUACAAUUUGACAGAAAGGAAGUUAUGAUGUUAGAUGAUGUAGAUACUGUUUACCAAAAUGCUGUCGAUUACCUUCCAGUAAAUGCAACAUUAGAAAAGGAUGUCUCAGCAAAUUUGUUUUGCUUAUCUUUUCAGAAUGGAGUGUUACUUCUUCAGGCUGAAUACACUAGAGUGGUGCAAGUAUUAAAUUUGUUACACGAGGGUCACUGGGGUAAAGGUCGUAUGAAGCAGUUGGCAGGACAAUAUGUGUGGUUUCCUUUUAUUGAUAAACCUAUAGAACGAAUUCAUGAUGAUUGUUCAUCUUGUCAACAAGAUGCAAGUCAACCAAAGCGAGAAUUUUCUGCAUGGCCAUAA